CUGUAGAUAUUUGGAAAAUUCAGACCAUUUUUUAUAUCGACAGUAUGGAAAUGUUAUGGGCGCGUGUCGUUGUCGCUGAAGGCUCGGAGGUUGCCGGGUAUUAGUAUCGCGUUGCUGCACGCGGUAGCAGAAGAAAGUUUCGGUUGGGCAAUAGUACCAUGUGGGCGCGUAGUUAAUGUCAAACAGUGACCGUGAUUGGAGGUUGUGACAGAGAUACUCCCCUCCAGUGAGCCUUAAAUCUGAGUGGCCGCUGUAGGUCACUGUCAGCCAGCCAGCAGCAGCUUGAACUCAUGCCUCUCCCAGGUCUUAGUGAGAGAAGUUGACUCCACCACCUCCUCACUUGUUCUUCCUCCAGCUCACAGUGAGUCUGUAUGGGUGGAGUGCUUUGAGGUCGUGAUCAGCCCCAGAGGCCGUGCAUCCAACAGCCCCCUGCCUUCCCCGUCCCCACCCCGCAAACAUCCACAGCCAUCAUGGGGGAGGUAGUCCAAAUGCACUUCACCACGGUGGACUACGUCAUCUUUGCCUUGCUGUUGGUGGCCUCAGCUGGCAUCGGCCUCUUCUACGCCUUCUCCGGUGGGCGCCAGCGCACAACACAGGAGUUCCUGAUGGCUGACCGCUCCAUGAGCUGCCUGCCCGUGUCUCUGUCCCUGCUGGCCACUUUCCAGUCGGCCGUGGCCAUCCUGGGUGCUCCGUCUGAGAUUUACACUUUCGGGACCCAGUACUGGUUCCUGGGCUGCUCCUACUUCUUGGGCCUGCUCAUCCCGGCUCAUGUUUUCAUACCGGUCUUCUACCGACUGCGGCUGUCCAGCGCCUAUGAGUAUCUGGAGCUGCGCUUCAACAAGACGGUUCGCAUAUGUGGGACUGUGACCUUCAUCUUUCAGAUGGUCAUUUAUAUGGGGGUGGUCCUGUAUGCCCCAGCCUUGGCACUCAAUGCAGUGACAGGUUUUGACCUGUGGGGGGCAGUGCUGGCCAUGGGCUUGGUGUGCACUCUCUAUACUGCUCUGGGAGGUCUCAAGGCGGUGAUCUGGACAGACGUGUUCCAGACGGUGGUAAUGUUCGCCGGUCAGCUGGCGGUCAUCGUGGUUGGGGCCAAUCAGGCAGGGGGCAUAGCAGAGGUGUGGAGGAAAGCGAUCAAUGGCAGCCGCAUUGCUGGACUAGACCUGAACCCAAACCCUCUGGAGCGCCACACCUUCUGGACGCUGGGUGUGGGAGGAGUGUUCCUGAUGUUGGCGCUGUACGGGGUCAACCAGGCCCAGGUCCAGAGGUACCUCAGCUCUCGUACGGAGAAAGAGGCCGUCAUGUCCUGCUACGUAGUUUUCCCGUGCCAGCAGAUUGUCUUGUCUUUAGGUUGUCUGAUGGGUCUGGUGAUGUUUGCUCGUUAUGGAGAGGACAGUCCUCUGGACAAGGGCUACGUCAAAACUAACGACCAGAUGGUGCUGUACUUUGUGAUGGACGUGUUCAAAGAUCUGCCGGGGCUCGCAGGACUGUUUGUGGCCUGUCUCUUCAGUGGAGCUCUCAGCACCAUCUCAUCAGCCUUCAACUCCCUGGCAACAGUAACCAUGGAGGACCUGAUAAAACCCCAUUUUCCAAACAUGACAGAAUCCAAAGCUACACUGCUGUCCAAGGGACUCGCUUUGGUCUACGGCCUGGUGUGUCUGGCUAUGGCUUACAUCGCCUCUAUAAUGGGAUCUGUGCUGCAGGCGGCCUUCAGCAUCUUCGGGAUGGUGGGUGGUCCUCUGCUGGGCCUCUUCUGUCUGGGAAUGUUCUUUCCUUGGGCAAACCCUACUGGUGCAGUAGUCGGGUUAGUAGCAGGCCUCGCCAUGGCCUUCUGGAUCGGCAUCGGCAGCUUUGUGAUGCGCAUGUCUAGUUCCACACCAUUGCCGCCACCCAACGCCACUGCUCUGCCCCUGUUUGACAACGUGACCUCUACUGUCAUGACGACACUGAUCAGCGCCACCACAGCCAAGCCAAGGCUGACGGGUGUGGAGGCGCUGUACUCGUUGUCCUACAUGUGGUACAGUGCUCACAACUCAACCACUGUGGUGGUGGUUGGACUGCUAGUCAGUCUGCUAACAGGACCUAUGAAGGAGAAGGAGCUGACCCCAGGUACGGUGUAUCCAGUCCUGGGCACACUGCUCUUCUUCCUGCCGGAGCGCUACAGGGAGAAGCUCUGCUGCGUCACUCCUCUGGCUCGGAAGCCCAAAGAAAUCAACACACAGCCUUAUCUGAUGGCCAAGAAAGACAGCAACGGAGCAGCUUACUGCAAAGAGGACACAGUCACAGAGGACAAAGAGGCGGAGAGUGACAGAGCAGAAACAGAGGAGGAAGACUUGGAAACAAGGAUCGCUCUGCCCACGUGUCAGCUGACGGCUCAUACGGUUCAGGAGACGGCCUUGUGAUCUUUUCUCCUUCUACCGAUAGCACAUACUCACUUUCACCCCUAGCUACUGCACUGUCCAGUUCUUUGGGGGAAAGUGCAGAAAAAGAAAGAUCAUAGAUGUGAAGUCAUACCUAAGUACAACGUCCCGAAGAUCUACAGCACCAAGUGUGGAUGUAGGUGUUUUACAAUAUCGUAAUCAGCUGAAUCUGAUUACAGAAAAGGUUUAUAGACUUCAAAGAGAGUUGUGUGGGUACUUGCUCACACAUUUUUCUCAAAAAAAAAAAAAAAAAAAAAAAAACUGGAAAAACUACUGGAAGUCCACUUCUGCCAGGCUGGAACUGUGCACUGAAAGCCCAAAUGGCAGCAGGUAACGGAUUAAUAAGUCAGUUGAUCGCAUUUAGUGAUAGUGACAACACUUUGGAGCACACACAGGCUUGUCUCUGUCCAGAUGUGUUCACAUGUACAUUACAUGUGCAGUUUGAAGUUAACGGAGUGGGUAGCUCUCAUGCACAAUGAGCUGCUCUGCUGUGACUGGAUCCAGUCAGUCUGUUUGACAAAAGAAUCAGGUAGUUAAUAGAUGUAAAUGAUGUAAACAAGAUGUGAUAUUUUUGUAGAGAAGAUGGAGCCAUACAGUCCCAGAUAUAUGUACGAGAGAAUAUAAUAUAAAGAGAAAAGAGAGACAGAACCUGAAUGGAAGGCAUGGCAGUACUGUGAUCGUAUAGUGUCUUUACAUGGCCUUGGUUUAAUACUAAUAGUCGCCUUCUAGCUGCUAUUAUAGAUGUCUGAACACUGAGUCCACAAAUGCAAACGUGUGUUCAGGUGAGAGCAAAGAUGGUGUCUCGUGGUGGCAGUUAAAUUCGAUGGAGCACAGUAAAUCUUGUUUCUACCAAUAGUGCUUGAGGAGAGUGUAAACCAGUCAGUGUGCAGAGCUGCUCUGUUCCCUCUCCCCAUGGAGCUGCUCUCUCCCCAUGCAGAGCUGCUCUCUCCCCAUGCAGAGCUGCUCUCUCCCCAUGCAGAGCUGCUCUCUCCCCAUGCUCUUGUUUCCACAGAGGAGAUUAACAUUAUCCACAGUUUUUCAUUCUUUGAGGACUUGUGUGCAUGCCAUGUGCAACAACUCCUUGUGAGUCCCCAUUGUUAACUCAUUCACUACUUCCUAUCUAACACCCACUAGUGUAAUACACUCAUUAGGAAACACUACAUAUAACAUACAUUACAGUAAGAGUUUGGACACUCAGAUGAAAUGGCAGGCGGUAGAUAUAUGUGAUUGGAUAUGAUUUUGAACUCUGUUCUGUUCUCUUAGAGCUUCUGGAAUAGAUGUUAAAAUGAUUGAUCGAGACAAAAAAAAGAUGUCUCGUUUAAAGAGUCCAUCAGCAUCUUUCUAGUUGCUCUUAAUGCAGCGUGUCAUCUGUUACUGCUCUGCCAAUAUAUGUGUCAUGUGAUUACUGUAUAAAGGCUUUUGGAGACAAUAGAGGUAGUUGAAUUAAUCUGGAUCAGGAUUCUGUGUUUAGGUAUUUAGUGUAAUUGCCAAUGCACUACAGAGACCAAUAUGUUGCCUAGUUGUUUUCUGGAUAAAAUCUAUAGCCAUCAAAACUCAUGUUUCUGUUUUUUGAAGUACACAGUUUGUGUAGUUUUCUUCUGUGUUCACAGUCACAGAAGUUGUAUGUCGGCCACAAAAAAGCCCCAUGAAGCUCUAAAGUGCCUCACUGACUGAAUCUUCUCUGGUGAGCGGGGGGUUAACAUGGGAUGCUCUGGUUUUCAUUAGCUUUGUAUGUUUUACCCACAUGUCUACACAUGUUUAACUCUGCUCCUGUCUGAUAUGACUGCCACCACUGCUCUGAAGCACACAGAGAAGCCAGCUUGGACUCUUAGAUGGACCUACCUUAGUUCCAUUAGGCAGUAAAUUUAUAUUUUGGAAGGUAAAUAUGAUUAAGUCAUCUCUGGUAAUUUUGUAUUUUGAACAUCAUUGUGUCUUUUUUUCAGAUUAGAUUCAGAUUAUUGUAAGUGCCAGUAUGUGAUUGAUUUGCUUAACAGUGUGUCACUAUUGUCAUGUUUUUUGGAAUCACAGAAUUCUUGACCAUCACCAUUUUAAGCAUUUGAAGUCCUCCAUUGUCGUUGCGUAAGAGGAGAGGUGUUUUGUAUGUGUUUGUGUGUGUGUGUGUGCGGUGUUUAAAGUACUGUUUGUGCUCUUGACAGUGGACCGCAUGGCCAUGUGACUUACUGUUCAGCUUGCAACGGCCGAACAUGUUUCCAAAGAGUUUUCUAUAGAUUACGGAGAGUCUACAUGAAGUAACUUAAUACAACCGACAUCUCAUUUAAACGGUCAGCCAGUGGCGUUGCUCUAUCAGCAUGUGCUGUCUCAGUUGCCUUACAUUUCCCUGUUUAAAUGAGUUCGCUGGAGUUGUAUUCAAAGUCCAUGCCAGACAAUCAAGGUGACCCAGUUUAGCAUCAGGAAAGAAGCAGCUUAGCAUGUCUCAUUUAUUUGCAAAGGAUUACGGACUCUCCAAAAGCACUAGACCCCCCCCCCCCUCAUUUGAUGGAUUGUUUGAGCCCUUUUUUAAACCCCGAGUUACAGGAGCAACAUGUUUGUACCAUCCGAAAUACCUCGAUUUAUCCAAAGCAUAUAGAAUAUGAAUUUCUUUCAUUUUUUUUUUAAAUUUCAUUUUACCAGCAGAAUAUAUAUUUGAGAUCAUUUGUAUAUUUUUGUAAAGCCACAUUUCACAAGUCGAAAUGUGGAAUUUCUAUAUGCAAGAACCAUAAAAUGCGUCCUCUUUUGGCAAGUGUCGGCACUAUUGGGAACGUAGCAGUCCACACUGCAACAUGAUGGCAUCGAAAUAUAAGAUGAGCAUCCUUCGCCUUAGAAAACAUUCUAAACGGGGAAUGUUUUUCAUGCUACAUCCCAUAUGCUGGCCUCCGCAGUCGCGUUUCAAGACAUUUUAAUGGUUCCCAGUUUUUUAAUUACUUUUCAAUGACGUGUGACAAUGUGUACUUUAUUUAUGAUUGCAUAGUAUUGAAUCCUUUUCCUUCAUACCUGAAAUUACUUGAAGUGUGUGCCUGUAAUUUUACCGUUAUGAUACACAGAUACGCCCCCUUUCUAAUGCGAGGGAGCUUAAUUCAAGUGCUGACAUAUUGUUGUCAAAGAUGUCCGUUAUAAACCCAGUCUGGGUGGAGCACUGUGAUACUAACAAAGACACCUGAUAAAGCACAAUGAUGUAGGACUCUGUAGUGAUGCUGUAGUCACAAUUAUCUCACUGAAGUCCUCACUUGGUGUAAAGCAGCUAAGGUAGAGUGUUUUUCAUUAGUGGCCUUUUUAACUGAAUCUGUUUGGACUGCACAGUUACACAGUUAGGAAUACAGUUUGUGAAAGAAUAGCACGGCACUUAGUAAUUUCCAGCAAUGAUAAAUAUUGUUGUAAACAAUAUUUAUCACAUUUGUCCUCCCAUCCACAAGAAUUCUUCCUGGUUAUGCAUUCCAAAAAUAUCCCACAAGCACUGAAGUCGAGACGACUCCUCUGCUUUGGCUGUGCCUUCAUUUUGUGGUAAUGUUUUUUUUUUCCUUCUGUAUCCUGAUGUAGUUUUCAGAAAUAAUCCAGGAUAUUACAAAGAAUCAGGGGCGGAGCCAAAAGUAAAAAUUGGGGAGGGUGCAGCCUGAAUCCAAGGGGGGGUCGAGGGGCACUCUUCCUCUGGUAAAAAAUUUUUUCCCCCAUUUAAGGCAGCUAUAUGCAUUAUUUUUCAAGCUAUUUGAGAUAGUAAAUUGCCAAAAUAAAUGUUCAUAAUCUAUGAAAAACACAAUAGUUGUCCAGAAAAACCUAUUCUGAAAAGCACUGCAAAACUAAUGCCACAUUAAAGAGGGAAAAAAAUUGACUUCACAAUUUUUUGAAAUGGAAUAUAAUAUUAAGUGUGUUUUUCUUUUCUGUGUAAUUACCUGGAAAAAAAAUGCAUAUAUGCUUUUUGCCUUAAAAUGAGCCAUUUUUGUAUCAGCCACUGUAGGUAGCAACCCCUCCACAAGUGUGAAAAAAACACCUGUUUUUCUCUUCAAUGAUCAAUUCAAUGAUCCCCAAGAGAUACGGUAUUCUACUAAAAUUAAUAUUAGGCCAACAUUUGCUAACUUAUAUUCGAUUUUUUUCCCAGAGAGUCCCAUAGAUUCAGGGCUUUGGGG